UUCUCCAUCCCCGGCGGGUUUGGAUGCAGCUCUGUGGAUUUGGGGUGCCGUGAUGGGGGCUCCGUGAACCCAGCCUGGCUGGGAGCUCCGCUUCCUCACUGGCCCCUGGGAGCAGAGUGUCUGAAGUCCCUGCAGUGCCAGGUUGGUGACAGCCAGCAGGGCACUGCUGUCCCCAGGCUCUGGUGUGGCCGGCGAUGACCGACGCGGUGCUGGGCGGCUCCUCUGACCGGUGGAUGUGCCCCAGUGACAGGACCAUGUCCCUCCGAGCCAGCAGCGAGAAGGAGCAGCGCCUGAUGACCCGGCUGGAGGACAUGCGCCGCAGCGUGCUGGGCGACGGCGUCAACCGCUGCAUCCUCUGCGGGGAGCAGCUGGGGACAAGGGGCUCUGCCUGUGUUGUCUGUGAGGACUGCAAGAAGAAUGUGUGCACCAAGUGCGGGGUGCAGACCACCAACAACAGGCCCCAGGCCAUCUGGCUCUGCAAGAUCUGCAGCGAGCAGCGGGAGGUGUGGAAACGCUCCGGUGCCUGGUUCUUCAAGGGUUUGCCCAAGCAGAUGCUGCCACAGCAGAUGCCCAUCAGCAAGAAGGGACCCCAGACCCCGAGCGAGCCCCGCCCGGCCGAGCCGCCCGCCCCCGACCCCAAACUCCCCUCCCGGGCACCCACCCGAGGCCAGGCGGAUGCCGAGGACACCGAGGCCACGCUGGGAGCUCUGGAGUUCAGCCUGCUCUACGACCAGGACAACAGCUCCCUGCACUGCACCCUCAUCAAGGCCAAGGGCUUAAAACCAAUGGAUUCCAAUGGCCUGGCUGAUCCCUAUGUGAAGCUGCACCUCCUGCCUGGAGCCAGCAAGUCCAACAAGCUGAGGACGAAGACGCUGCGCAACACCCGGAACCCGGUGUGGAACGAGACCCUGGUGUACCACGGCAUCACCGACGAGGACAUGCAGAGGAAAACCCUCAGGAUCUCCGUGUGUGAUGAGGACAAAUUUGGCCACAACGAGUUCAUUGGAGAAACCAGAGUUGCCUUGAAAAAACUCAAAGCCAACCAGAAAAAGAACUUCAACAUCUGCCUGGAGAGAGUAAUACCAACGAAGCGUGCCGGAACGACCGGCGCAUCCCGUGGGAUGGCUCUGUACGAGGAGGAGGUGGAUCGCGGCGGGGACGUGGAGGAGCGGGGCAAGAUCCUGGUGUCCCUGAUGUACAGCACCCAGCAGGGCGGGCUCAUCGUGGGCAUCGUGCGCUGCGUGCACCUGGCGGCCAUGGACGCCAACGGAUACUCGGAUCCCUUCGUCAAGCUUUGGCUGAAACCUGACAUGGGAAAAAAGGCCAAGCACAAGACACAGAUUAAGAAGAAAACGUUGAAUCCUGAAUUUAACGAGGAGUUCUUCUAUGACAUCAAACACAGCGACCUGGCCAAGAAAUCCCUGGACAUUUCCGUCUGGGAUUACGACAUCGGGAAAUCCAACGACUACAUUGGCGGUUGCCAGCUGGGAAUCACGGCCAAGGGCGAGCGCUUGAAACACUGGUACGAGUGCUUGAAGAACAAGGACAAGAAGAUCGAGCGCUGGCACACCCUGCAGAACGAGAACCACGUGGCCAGUGAUUAAAGGAGCCUCUGCCCAGCCCUCCCUGCCCUCUGCCACACCCCUGUAGGUCCCUGAUGUCCCCAAUGUCCCCGAUGUCCCUGGUGUCCCGUCUUCCAGCGCAGCCACGCCUUGCUACAGCCUCUGAUCCCAGGGUCCUCCUCCUCCAAACCCCCUCCACUGGAAACUCCCCCAGAUCUUUUCUAUUCUCCUUUAUUUAUUUUCAGCUGGGGGAGGGAGGCUGUUGAGUUCUCCUGGUGUGUAAUUUUGGCAAGCAAUAGUUCCCUCCUGACUGUUCCCCCCUCUCUCUCCGUUCCCGUCGCGUUUCUGACGCUCUGUGUCCCUCCAGCCUCCGCUCCUCGCGUCUCCCCAUGGAGGAGAUGGGAGUGCUGGGCUUGGGAGCAUCAGCCUGUCCUCGCUUGUGUGAUCUCAAUACCUCAGUUGCAAUAAGGAAAAAAAAGCUCCUUGGCUUUGGUGUGGGUGUCACCGUUCGCCUGGUGUCCGUGUCGUCGUGGUUAGGCCAAAAAAUCCGGUGUCACCGGAGCCAUCCUGCGAGUCCUGCUUGAGCUUCUCCUCUGCUCUGGCCCACCUGAGCAAUGUUGUGGCACAUCCUUUGCUGAGAAGAUCCACCACCAACACCAUGACAGCGACAAGGAGGGUUUAGGGAGCUCUGUGCUCGCAGGGGAGCAGGUUUGGGUUGGUUUUUGUCCUUUCGCCCGAGGAAUUCGGGGGCUCCGCUGCUGUAGGAGCCCAGCGGUGUUUUAGGGUUGUGACUACCUCCUCCUCACCCUGAGCUGUGUAGUGGUGACUGGCCGAGCCCUGAAGGGCUCCUAGGUCCCCUCAGACCCCUCCUGCUCCCAAGGAUUUUCGGUUCCUCAGGAGGGAAGCUGAGGGAGCUGCUGCUUCCCCCCAAACCCCUGAUGUGUGCAAGGAUUUUUGCUUUAAACCUCCACAACUCCUGCAAUUAGCUGGAACAAUCUGAGAUCUUCCAAACUUGGGUUGUUUUGGUUUGGUUUCCUUUCGUUUUUCCCAGUUUUCUGCCCAAGAACCCCUCAGCCUGCAUUUUAAGGAUGGCCUGGAGCUGUUGGAUCUGGUCUGGACAGCAGGAGAGCACAGACUCUCUGCAUCUGCUGCUGCUGCUGGGCUCUGGAACCUUUCCCUGGCUCUGGAACCAUUCCCUGGUUUUGGAACCAUUCCCUGGUUUUGGAACCUUUCCCUGGCUCUGGAACACCCCAAGCCCUGUGGAUAGGAGCACACUAAGCACUAAUGGAAUACAUGGAAUUUUCUUGUCACACUGAGCAUGGUGUGUGAAACGUCCCCCUGCAUCCUCUGCUGCUGCUGCCCUCUCUUUGAGUUGGAUGAGUUCUGGUUUUCCUGGUAUUUUAUCUCCCCCCAGCCCCAGCAGAACUUGCUGAUGUGCUGUGGGUGACACAAACCCCAGCCUGGCACAGGUUUCCCUCCCUCCUUGGAUCUCCAGGUGGGAAAAGCCAACCCAACCCAUCCCAGAGGGUCCAGACAGAGCUGGGAAUCCUCUUCCAUCACCCCAGGUGAUUUGAUGGUUCUUGGGGUGGAAUGGAAGAGGAUACCUGGAAAUUUUCCUCUUUUUCAUGGAAUUUUUGUGCCACUCACAGUGGCAUCCCUGAGCCAGGACCAGACUGAAACAAUUCCAUUUUUUUUUUUGGACUGUUCCCCUCUGCACCCUGUGCUGAAACCUCCCUGCUCCAGGCCCAGCUGAGCUGUGGGAUGGUGGGAUCCAGGAUCAAUGGUUGGAUUCUCCCUUUUUCAACCUUAAUGACUCCAAGUUGCCACCACCCUUUCCAGAGGGAUGGACCUGGCCCAAACAAUUCCUGUUCAUACCCAGAGCAGCCCUUGGGCACGGAGCUGUGCUGGGGAAACAUGUGGCUGAGGGUAAAAAAAUCUUUAAAAAUCAUUAUUUAAGAAAUUCCUUAAUUUCUCCCAGUCCUGCAGCAGCCCAGCCUCCUUUGUAUGUGCAGAACAACUCACUUGAGGUUACCCUUUUCCCAUCCUGUAUUCCCAUCCCUGUUCAGCCUGCUUUCUUUGGGAAAAGGAUACUCAGAUCAUCUCUUUGCACCUCCAAAAAUCAAGUGCAACUUGCCAAUCUCCUCAGUAAUGUGCAAAACCACAGCCCUGGUCUCUGCCCCCUCCUCUUCUCAGUUUUUCUGAUGGUUAUUCCUGCCCUGAAUGAGUUCUUUUUGUUGUAAAUAAAGCAUGCACCUAUGGAUUGGGAAUGGUGAAAAACAAACAAACGGAAAAAAAAAAAAAGGCAAAAAAAAGAAAAUUAAAAGCCUCUUCUACUGCUGUUUGCAUUCAGACUCGCAUGCAGUGAUUUUACAGCCAAAU